CCACCGGCUCUCGCGGAGACGUGGCAGCAGGACGCGCGGAUGAACCGUGACCCGGAAACACUCUUCCUUGGCACCAACCAAGAGGAUGCUCGGUUAGCAACUUUUGUUAGCUGCUGACCAAUUCGGGAAGUUGCAAUAUCGCCCUUGACAGCUGAAUCUCGAAGGAGCGAUGCGGGUUAUCGGUUGUUUGCGGGCGAGGGGUUAGCGUUCCCGGCUUUUUAAUUUGUGCAAUUUGAGGUCCGGACAAUUGCCGAAGCCCAGUUAGCUUAGGUUCGCUAAAGCCAUCGAGGCCAGAGGCUGCAACUUCUCUGUUUGGUUAACGUGGAUGUGUGGUAGCGGGCUGAACAGGACCAACAGCCAUCGCCAGCCAACGACUGCUGUCCGGGGCAUGCUGCUUAACUUGACGAGCACGAAUCAAAGUCCGUGUUGAAAAUAAUAGGUGGACGUCGCCUUUGAUGGUGUAGCCUAGCGGGAGAUUCACCGAAGAGAGAGUGCAGCCAUGGACGAUUUUAGCUCCAUCAGCCUGCUGUCUCUUGCGAUGUUGGUGGGAUGUUAUGUGGCCGGGACAAUACCUUUGGCAGUCAACUUUUCAGAGGAAAAGCUGAAGCUGAUCACUGUGCUGGGAGCAGGGCUGCUCUGUGGGACCGCGCUCGCUGUUAUCAUUCCUGAAGGGGUCCACGCACUCUACGAGGAAAUCCUUGAAGGUGGACACCACAGCCACGGCCAGGUUGGAGCCGUGGAGUUGUCUGAGCCAAAGGGUGAAGCGGAAGCCGCCCUUGGCGCCAGUGGGAAUCAUGAGCACAGUCAUGAGCAGCUUCACGCCUGCAUCGGAGUGUCUCUGGUCCUGGGCUUUGUCUUUAUGCUACUGGUGGACCAAAUAGGAAGCUCUCAUGUGCACAACACUGAAGACCCAGAGUCGGCAAGAGUCACCUCUUCAAAAAUCACCACCACCCUGGGUCUUGUGGUCCACGCUGCAGCUGAUGGAGUGGCGCUUGGAGCUGCUGCCUCUACCUCUCAGACCAGCGUUCAGCUCAUCGUCUUUGUAGCCAUCAUGCUGCAUAAGGCCCCAGCAGCGUUUGGCCUGGUGUCUUUCCUGAUGCAUGCUGGUCUUGAGAGGAACCGCAUCCGCAAACACCUCCUGGUCUUCGCCUUGGCAGCACCCGUCCUCGCCAUGCUCACAUUUUUAGGCCUCAGUCAGAGCAGCAAAGAGGCCCUGUCGGACUUCAACGCCACCGGCGUCGCCAUGCUCUUCUCAGCUGGCACCUUCCUCUACGUGGCCACCGUCCACGUCCUCCCUGAGGUGGGGGGUGGCGGCCACAGUCACGCUCCCGCGGGAGGGAACGGGGGGAAGGGACUGAGCAAGGUGGAGGUGGGAGCUCUGGUGUUGGGCUGCCUCAUUCCUCUGGUCCUGUCUGUCGGUCACCACCAUUAGAACCACAGUUCAGGACGGAUUCAAGACAGGUGUACAGGGGAAAGAAGCAGAAACGGAGACUGGAAACAUUGUGGAUUUAAAUGUCUUAUUGCUUGUCUGCCGAUGGACCUCGUGGACCAGACUGGUGCUCGUUGCGGGGGGACAUCUCGUGACCCCAAACUGAAGUUGAAACAGGGAUUGAAUAAUGUUAGGGAAAUCAGAGUUGUUGCAGUGACAACCAAGGCACACAACAAUGCUUUUUUUUUUUUUUUCUCCUCCUGACGCUGGCAACGAAACAUGGCACAGCUACUGUACGUGUCCAUUUACGCCACCAGAUAUGUUGAUCUUUUUUCUGAGAGGCCAGAGGACAGUUAGCCCGGUUCAAUUAGAUCACUGUGGAGUUUUCCGUGUUGCAUUAUCGCGCCUGUCCAAAGUCAGAGAGCCAACCCUGAUUUCAUUACGGUCAUGUUUUGCUAGAUGGCAGUUGCACAGUGAGAUUUAGGUCGUCUUGAUCAAGCUUGUGAUAUCGAGGAGGCUAAACUUCUUUUUAUGUAAUUGUACAGAUCUCUUAGCAACAAUCCCGACUGAUUUGGACGAGUUUUCAAGUGCCAUAUUAGCAGGUUUGAAGCAGACCCCUAAAGAAACAGCGCCGCACGGACAUUACAGUUUGUAGAAGACGUAUCUUUCUAAUUUUCUUAGCGACAGAGAUCUUGUUCUCGCAGCCGACUAUGAAGCAGGAUGAGGGAUCGGCGCAAUUAACCAGCCAGAUGCCCCUCACAGUUUUGGCUUUGGCUAGUGAGUUGGCCCGGCAAAGCGGAGGUUUAUCCUGUUGUGACCAGCUGUUUCUUGGCCCGACGGGAAGCCGAGUUAUGAUGGAUACUGAUAGUGUGUUUCCUAUAAAACCACAUGCUUAGGUUUAUGGUCCAGUCAGCUUAAACCCGAGCCCUGCAUCCAGCCUCCAUGUAUCACAACAACAUGUGUCACUUUUCUUUUACCUGAGCAGUUUCGGGACGUGUUGAUUUCUGUUCUGUUUUACCUGGAUAGUAAUCAUAGAGAUUGCAGGAAAAAAAUCUGUAUAGAAUUGUCUUAAGUGGCUUUGAUCUAUAGAGUGUUAACGUAGCUUAUUUAGAGGUGGAGGGUUAUUUCAGUAGGUGUGAAUGAAUGAAUGACUUGCCUUUAUAGAGGUCAUUAACUGGAUGAACUCGUGUAGGGACCAUUGGCUCAGGAGGACAGACAUAUUACAGACUUUGUGAGAAUUCGAACAGACCUUUUUUUUUUUUAAUUUUUUUUUUUUUUUUUGAGUUACUUUGAUCCUCACUAAUUAAUUAUACCUGAGCAAUAAUUGUAAAAAAAGUGAAACUGGGGCAAAGUCACUUCUUUUUUCAGGAGUGCAGCUGAGUUUGAAAUGGGUACAUACGGUUUGCCUUCAUCUUCAAAGCACCUGUUGAUCUUGAUUCACAUAUCAAGAUCCGUCAGACGGAUGCUCCUGAACGCAGCCUCGCCCCGACAUCCCUGUCUCUGCUCCAUUAAAAAAAAAAAUGUUAACCGGGUUGAUUAAUUAAAAUCUAAGUAGGCUGCUCCCUUUUCUAUCAGGACGCACGGAUAAUGCGAGCGUCGCUGUGCCUGCUCACAGCAGAGCUCGUGUGUAUGUAUAUGUGUGUAUACUGUACAGAGUAACUUCUUCCUUCCACAAUCUACCACGAUCUCUUGUGUGAGAUGCAACUGCUUACUCACACAUACAUUUUUAUUUUUUUUGAUUUGAGUUUUUUGGGCAUGGGCGGACUGUUGUUUGCAGUACAGACACAAGGGGCAACAGACAGCCUGAGGAGUCUCUGUUGUAUGUACAAACUUAAUGGGUUUUACACUCUCAUCGUCAAUUACUUCAUACUUCUACGACGAGAAGAAACUCGUCGUGAUGUUUUAGCUUCUUUGCGUGAAUGCGAGAGGAAAGUGGUGGGUCGCGUGCAGACCAGCAGCUGCAUGACUGUUCUGUGUUUUUUACGGAACGCUGUAAAUGUAAGACAAAAGGGAAAAACACAACACAGUGUUGCUUUACGCCCCGGGCAUGUUGGCGGACAGCCCCAUUAUGUGCAAUUCCAUCUUUCUAACCAAGAAAUCAGAAUCGCUGCUUAGAUGUGGCAUUUACACGUUUUCCACCCUUACGACAAAAACCAUUGAAAUGAAUCCACGGUUCGCUGGUAUAUGUGAUUAUUUUCAUUAUUUAUUAACCUGCUGAAUGUUCUUUCGUUUAAUAGUUUGAUCUAAAAAAUAAUGUCAGAAAAUUGUGAAAAAUGGUCCAAGGUGACGUCUUUGAAUGUCUUACUUUGGUCCUAAAACCCAAAUAUUUCCAGUUUACUAUCAUACAAGUCUAAGAAAACUGGAAAAUUCUCUCAUUUCAGAAACUGGAACCUUUGAAUUUUUAUUUGAAAAAUUACUUAAACAAUUAAUCAACAAUUUUGCUAAUUGAUUAAUUUCCCGUUGCUCAUAUGUGUUAUGUGCAUGAUUAACCAAACUGCAUUUAUUAGGAAAUAUGCCUUUAAAGCCCCUGAAAAUUUGGUUUCAAAUCUGAAGUAUUUCCUUAUAAGAUUAAAUAUUCAUGACUAAAUAAGCAGCAAUCAAAGUUAAAGUCAGGGGAAAAAAAACAUUCCUCAGCUUUCAUUUAUGAAGAGUUUAGCAUCAAAAACUCAAAUAAUCUUCUUCAUCAGGACUGUGUGGGCGCAGGAUGAUCAG